AUGCGCGAUCUUUCUAUAGCUUUAGAUCAUGUUCCCGAAGAAUUAUCUGUACGCAACAUCUUCUUUAUACGAGGGUGUCAGAACUGUUCGUUUAGUGAUAUGGAUGACAUUGUUACUGAAUUUGCUAUGAAAUAUAGUAAAUCGAUUAAUGUGGAAGAACUUCACUUCAGUCCAACAGAAAAAGAUGGCACCAAUUUCACAGAUUGGGUUGCUGAUUUUUACUCGGCUACGGAUUUAAGAAAUGGAAAUCCUCGAUGGAAAUGGCAGAGAUACAUGAAGCAUAUGAAGAUCAAUUAUUAUUUUCUUAGUGGGUUAUUAAAGGCUUUGAGUGAUUCAAUGUCGGACUAUUUUUUGUUUGCUGAAGACGACCAGACUUACAACGUUAAUACCUUUGAUGGUGUUGUGGAAUUGACAAAUCGAAAUAAGACUAAAAGAUGUUACUCAAAAAUAUCGUACCAAGGACGUGGUCCUAAAAAUAGUAAAAAUUUGCUGUACCUUCCGCUUUUGGCGCUUUUGGAACUUUGA